UUUAUAUUGAUUUAAUUUGUUUACAAAAUUAGAAGCCAGUUCAGGAAUAGAAAGGCGUUAAAUAGCGUAAAGAAACAUCAUGACUCCACAGGAUGCAGAUUUGGCAUUUAAGACCAAGAAAACGUCAGAAAAAAUAUGCGAAAACAUACACAUUGUCGCCAAUGACCCAUCAUUGGCAUUCUUUCGUAUACAGGAACAUGUACGUAAGGUAUUGCAGCCAAUUUCUGAUAAGCGAUCAGAGGUGAUACAAUUGCAAACCAACUUACAAGGACACUGUUAUGACAUGGAAUACGCAGUUAGUGCCGUGAAAGGUGUCGAGCAUUCAGAAGCAAUCUUCAAAAACAUACAAGAAAUGAUAAAAACUUCAAUAUUUUUAAAGCAGCAGCUGAAGUAUGGAGAACUAAAAAAUAAAUCUAAAAAGGAGUCAACUAGUAAUUCGGUUUAUAAGCGUUUUUCUGCACAUUUAACAUUGGAUUUACCAGAGUUACCAGAUUUUAGUGGUGUGAUGCGCGAAACGAGUCAACGGGUGGAAACUAUGAUGACUUCGACAAGAGACAACAACAAUGUGCCACAAAGUAAUACCGGAGAAUUACAAAGAUCAUAUACCACAUUGCAUUGAACAUAGAAAAAAUAAAAAACAAUACUUAUCAUUAAUCGUAUUGAUAUAUGUACUUCUAUUGUAAUAUUAGAAUAUAAGAUAAUUACAGUAGUUGUAAGAUUCAGUUAAAAUAGUAAUAAUAAAUAAAUAAAAUACACAAUCAGCAUACAUGUAAUUAAACAUAAACAUC